GCUACUCUAGGCAAGCUGCAUGAUGACAGAAGGUUGAAAUAACAAUCCUAAUGCGACCAAGAAUUAUUACACGGUUAAAAUCACACCUGCACCAGAGUUGUUUAACAUAUUCUCAUUCUUCGUAUCAAAAAAUGGAUCGUAAAAAGAGCAAAAUGAAGGUUGUUUCAAGAUUGGAGGCCUCUAAGCGAGGCAAGAAUGAUAUUCCUGCAUCAGCCUCUAUAACUCUGACUGUGCUGUCUGCUGCCCCAGAAGGCACUGGUUCCAGUAUUCUACUUAAGCUGGCUUGUGAUAGGUAUUUGUUUAAUGCCCCAGAAUCCGUGCAGUUAUUCACAGAGAGUGUCAACAUAAAUAUGGUGAACAAUAUCUUCUUCACAAGAAAAAGUCAUGAAGCUCUUAGUGGCCUUGGUGGGUUUCUAUUGUGUAAUACUGAAAAUUUUGAGCGGUCUGAAACAAUAAAACUACAUGGACCUCCGAAUGUGGAGAAGGUGUUGGACCUAUUGAGUCACUUUUCAGAGGGACAUGCUGAUCCAAGGGCAAGAAUUGAAUGGCGUGGUUUGCCACACAAGUCAUACGAAGAUGCUCAAGUGACAGUGGAAUAUGUGUCUCUAUAUGACGAGCGUUAUGAUGGCAAUAUUGAGAACAUGCAUAGGAACAGAGCUGACAUUAAUGAGGAAGAUGAGAUUGAGCAAGCUAAACAUAUGACAAUGGCUUAUAUUGUCAAGUUCAAGGAGACUGCACCCAAGGUGGAUAGACACAAACUGGAGGCUCUCAAAAUCCAAAGUGGACCCUGGGUAGGGGAGCUAGUUAAGGGCAGGUCAGUCACCCUGCCGGAUGGUAGACAGCUGGAGCCUAAAGAUAUUAUUCAAGAAGAGGGGCCAGUUUUGGGACCACUGAUAGUGUUGGAAGUGCCUUGUGAGGCCUACCUGACUUCCCUGUUGACCUCCCCCCUUCACAACCUUCCCUCACCUGAUAUCAUUGUGCACAUCACUCCACAGAGCAUCAUUGACGACCCCAGAUACCAGACCUUCAUGAAACGCUACGACUGUCGUCACCUGAUUCUCAAUGAAGCUGCCGAGAUGAGCUACCUUCCUGAACUCCACAACGCAUGUGGCAUACGUAACCACAUUCACGGAGAUAUAUUCCCCCUACCUCGUGGGUACUCGUUCAUAAGACCGGAUAUAGCACAGGACGCCAACACUGUAUAUGGUUGCUACCAUUUGAAUUACAUGAUGAGGCCGUAUAGUUCGAAGGGAUUUCAUUGUGAUCAGAUUCCACAGUUCCAUGCAGGCAAGGCAAUGGAGGUGGCGAAAGAGAAGAUUAUGGAAGACGUCCGAAAGCUGAACAGGUCUGGCGGCAGCAGUAAAGAGGAACACAGCAAGGAAUGGGUGGACAAAGCGAUGGAAAGGUUUAAGCUUAAGCUGAAGAAUGGUGAUGCAGCGCCUAUAUUUGAUAAAGACUAUCCAGAGAUAACAUUUAUUGGCACGGGGUCUGCGAAACCGUCACAAAAAAGAGGGGCAUCAGGAAUCCUUGUUACUUUAAGACAGAAUGAGUACAUGUUGUUAGACUGCGGUGAGGGCACACUCCAUCAGAUGAUAACCAUGUUCGGUAGGGAAAGAACCAAUCUGAUUCUUGCGCAAACCAAAGCUAUCUUUGUGUCACAUCUUCACUUCGACCACCAUGGGGGAUUGUUCUCCAUUUUGAGAGCGAUUCGUGAAACUUGUGCACAAGAUUCCGGAGUUAGACAGAAACCCUUGCUGCUGGCUCCCUACUUCCUCAUCAACUGGAUACGACUCUAUUCCAAGCAUGUCCUCGACAUUUCACAAGACUUCGAGUUCAUCCCCCACAGCGUUUUACUCAAUGCAAACCACACUGCACGUGAAGGCUUUUUACAACAAGUCAAGACAAGGCUUUGCUUGACUGAUCUACAGCUAUGCCAGGUAUUGCACACAAAGUCAUCUGCGGGACUUGUUAUGCAACACAAUGAUGGCUGGAAGUUGGUUUACUCCGGAGAUACCAUGCCAUGUGAGACUCUGGUGAAGGCAGGCAGGAAUUGUGAUAUAUUGAUCCAUGAAGCCACAUUUAACGAUGUCGAAAUUGACCAUGCUUUGAAAAAGCAUCAUUGUGUAACCAGUGAGGCAAUACUAGUUGGCAAGAAGAUGGCUGCCAAGUACACUCUGCUCACCCAUUUUUCGCAGAAAAUGCCCAACAUACCAAAAUUCACUGCCUUGUUCACAGAAAACGUUGGCUAUGCAUUCGAUCUUAUGACGAUAAAGCCCAAUCAAUUACAUCUCCUUUACCACAUGAAGCCAUUCUAUGAGAGCCUGUAUGGAGCGCACAUUGAAGCAGCGGACACGAAAAAGAAGUAUUUGAAAGUGAAACAAACUGAACCCGCUGAUGGCUCUAAAGAAAGUCUGACAGAGGGCGUGGCAGCUACAGUUGAAGACUUGGAGGAAGUGCUGAAGAAAAGACUGGCAAUGAUAGAGAGCUGGACAUGUGUAGAUGGGGAGGAUACAGGCAGAAGUGUCAGAGGUGUGGGUGCAGAAUCAGAUGAAAACAAGGGUGCAAAGGUUGACAAGAAUUUGGAACAAGUGUGUAAGAGUUCUAAAGAGUUUAAAGACUUAAACCUUGGUGCUGGUGAAGAACAUGGGAAAAAUGGUGAUUGUUCUGUUGAUAGUUAUGAGAUUGGUGAAGAUUCUUUGAUUCAGAACACGAAGGUAGAUCAGACUGAGAAAAGAAAACAUGGUGAAUUGCAAAAAGAUGUAAAACGUUCUAAGGUUGAAUGAUAAUAUUAUUUAUGAAAAAUAGGUUAAUGAAUUGAACAUAAAAAAUGAAAACAAUUUUCUGUUGAUAAGUUAAAUAAAUGUAUUCUAUAUUUUGGUUGCACUCGUACUGGUAUUACAAGAAAUAUACGCUUUGACUUAA